GGAGGGUCCCAUUUGCGACCAGUCUACCCGCAGCAACCAACUGAAGUCAGUUUGUUAGCGAGACUAAACAAGAAGCUAGGAUCUUGGUAACAAACCAUCUACGAUAUAUAGUCAGGUUGGUUAAUCGCGCCAUCAUGCGCGAGGCUUGGGCCAUGGACGCGAGGGGCGAGGCGUGGGAGAACUCCUUCGCCGGCACCGGGGGCGAGAAGGCGUUCGUGGCGCUUCCGGAGGAGCAGACAGCCGGCGGGGAGGAGGAGGAGGCGGAGAAGGUGUUCGUGGCGCUUCCGCAGCAGCACAAGAGCGGCAAGGCCGUGCUCGCGUGGGCGCUCCGGCAUGUCGCGGCGGCCGCCGCCGUGGUGGUGCUGCACGUCCACGCGCCGGCGCAGAUGAUCCCGAUGAUGGGGACUAAGUUUCAUGUAAGCAAACUGAGACCAGAACAGGUCAGCGCUUACAGACAGCAUGAGAGGGAGAACGUGGAGAAACAUUUGGAUGAGUACAUUCACCAGUGCUCUAAAGUCAAGGUCAAAUGCGAGAAACUUGUGAUUGAAAAUGAUGAUGUUGCUAAAGGGAUUACAGAGCUUGUUUCGCUGCACGGCAUCACCAAACUCGUCAUGGGAGCAGCUGCUGACAAACACUACUCUAGGAAAAUGAAAAUGCCCAAGUCCAAGACUGCGCUUGCUGUCCUGCUGAAAGCUGAUACUUCAUGCAAGAUUUGGUUUGUUUGCAAGGAACAUCUGAUAAGCGCUAGGGAGGCUGGCGCUCCUGUAUCUCGCAAAACACCACCACCCCCAGCUAGCAGAAGUUCAAUAUCCAAUUUAUCUGAAUGGGGUGGACAACCAAACGGAUAUGCAAGCAAUGGGGUUGAUGGCCACAUUCAGAGGUCGAUGUCAGAAAAGGUUGCUCCUGCAUCUGUUAGAACAUCAUUGCGACUACCUUCUCGAUUAUCUGUACCGACAACUCUUAGCAGGCUAAGCAUAGAGGAUACCUCCCGUUCGUGGGAUAGUGUUCCAAGAGGAAGUUUUCCAAGUUCACACCAAGCAUCCUCUACUGUGACUGACGAGGGGUUCAGUGAUUCCAGUUCAUUUUCAAUGCCUAGGGAUGAUUCCUCUGAAAUCCUACCCUCAAUACACGCAGGGCGUGAUCUUCCAAACCAAGCAUCAUACCAUGAUCAGGGCACCUUGGAUUCAAAUAUUGACAUAUUUGAUAAACUUGAAGAAGCCUUCACUGAGGCUGAGAAGUAUCAAAAGCAAGCGUUUGAUGAGUCCUUGAGGAGACAGAAAGCAGAGGAAGAACUGAUUUUGUAUCGCCAAAAGGCAAACAAUUUUGAGGAUAUGUCUUUAAACGAGGCCACACAGAGGAAAGAAGUCGAGGAAGCUCUAGCAAAGGCAAAUAAGGACAUAGAACUAAUGAAGCAAGAAAUGGAUGCACUGAAACAGGACCGGGAUGUCAUCAUCGAUAAGCUUGUUAAGAUGAGCGAACAAAGGGCAACAUUGGAGCAACGAGUCAAUGAAUAUUGUGGCACUGUCAAGGAUCUUGAGGAUAUGUUGGCAGCAAGUAGAUCCCUUAUUGAAUCACAGCAAUUGGGGUAUGAGAAAUUAAAGCAUGAAAGGGACAAUGCACUCAAUGAUGUAGAUGAGCUGCGCAAAGAGAAAGAGAAGGCAAUAUCAUGGCCGAAUUUGACAUGGAACACUGAAUUCUCUUUCUCAGAGCUGCAGCAGGCAACACAGAAUUUCAGUGACACAAUGAAGGUUGGUGAAGGUGGAUUUGGGUGUGUCUACAAAGGUUUCCUGCGCAACACAACAGUGGCGAUUAAGAUGCUGCGCUCUCAUAACUUACAAGGGCAGUCACAAUUUCAGCAAGAGGUUGUUGUUCUUAGUAGGGUGAGGCAUCCAAACCUUGUAACACUUAUGGGUUCUUGCUCAGAAGCUUCAGGUCUUGUGUAUGAGUUCUUACCAAAUGGAAGCCUUGAAGACCGUCUAGCCUGCGAAAACAACACACCUCCACUGACAUGGCAAGUCCGUACACGGAUCAUCGCUGAGAUAUGUUCUGCGCUCGUCUUCCUUCACUCAAGCAACCCUCACCCAGUAAUCCACGGUGAUCUCAAGCCUGCAAACAUUCUCCUUGAUGCCAAUUUGGUCAGCAAGCUCAGUGACUUUGGCAUCUCCUGCCUGUUGAGUAAAUCUAGCACAAUGUCCACAAGCCUCUACCGAACGACGAACCCAAGGGGGACUUUUGCAUACAUGGACCCUGAAUUUCUUACCACAGGAGAGUUAACAGCACGGUCCGACAUAUACUCUUUGGGCAUUGUCAUACUCCAGUUGGUGACUGGGAAGCCAGCUUUAGGCAUUGGAAGGGCAGUGGAGGAUGCACUUGAGAAAGAUGAAUUAGAGCUUCUUAUUGACCAAUCUGCUGGGGAGUGGCCAUUUGUGCAGGCCAAGAAGCUGAUGCUUCUUGGUCUGCAGUGUGCAGAGCUUAGCAGAAGAAGGCGACCUUAUCGUAUGAGUGACGUGUGGUGUGUGAUCGAGCCCCUGGUGAAGUCAGCUUCGCUGUCAACUGCACCACAGUCCUUUGCACAUCGGUUCGUUGAGAGCCACACACCAUCCUACUUCUUAUGUCCUAUUUCUCAGGAGGUCAUGAGGAAUCCUCAUAUUGCAGCAGAUGGGUUCACUUACGAAGCAGAGGUCAUAAGGGGUUGGCUCCACAGUGGGCGCAGCACGUCCCCGAUGACAAAAUUACCCCUGGCACACCAUCAUCUCAUCCCGAACCAUGCUCUUCAUUCUGCCAUACAGGAAUAUUUCCAGCAGCAGCAGCAGCAGAAAUCACCAUCAUAAUUGACUCAAUUUUUCAAGAAACACCAGGGGAUUUGCACGUCAUUAUAUCAAGAUAGAAGAAAAGAUAAGGCAGCAAAGAACCAUAAUUGGUUCAUUCGACUUGAUUUUUCUUGACGUUAUGAUUUGAUAGUCUAUUUUUGUUCAGAGGUCUUCUCUUUGUGUAUAUUUCUUUUGGGAUCUGGUGAGUUGCAACUUGCAAUGAAAUGUGCAUAUGAGUAUUGUGCUUGGAACAAAAUGUUCCAGGUUCAAUGAGCAUUGCUUCGCUGGCAUGCUUAGUUUUGUUAGCAGAUCAGAAGGAAAUGCAAGUUUGCAACAGAGCAAAUAUUUGUAAUCUGAGCAUGUUUUCUUGGAGACGAACCAUUUUCUGAUUUGUAGCAAAUUUAUAGACAAUUUGUUCCCUGCAAAGCCAUAAGCUUUGUUAUAUGGAAAAAGUGCGCUUCUCGCAUUGUGAUUGUGUCGAAACAGAGGCUGUAAGAUAUAGCUUUGCUCAAUUCUGGCAAAACAGUUUUGCUUAAUCUGAAUGUUGGGUUUGUCAUCUACUA